ACCUCCAAAGAGGACAGCAAGAAUUGACACCGGCCAAGCCAUGGAUGUGUGUCAAGACCCGUAUCAAGUAAUGGACGUGUGAACUCCUUCACUGCCACAAUCAUCUACAGAGUAACGCCCUCCAUGGGUUAAAGGAUUAUACCAGGUUGGACUACCGAAGCUGUCUGCAAGUAAACUGUGCCCACAUCACCAGCGCUAAAUGGCAGAACCACCGGAUGAGGGAGCCCAAAGACAAAAUGAGACACAAACGCUACGGACACAAACUAACCCUGGUCCAAGCACAGCACAAGACAUUCAGACAACUCCGACCCAACAAGUACCAGCUGGUAACGAACAACCUUUCCAGCAGGAACCAACGCAACAACCACCACCACAUCUACAGCCAAGACCGGGUGAGACACAAACUAACCCUGGUCCAAGCACAGCACCAACCAGUCAGGAAGCUCCGACCCAACAACUACCGGCUGAUGGAGUGAGGGAUGCUCAACAAACAACUCAGUCCGGCAGCAUACAUCCUUUCCAGCAGGAACCAACGCAACAACCACCACCGCAUCUACAGCCAAGACCGGGUGAGACACAAACUAACCCUGGUCCAAGCACAGCACCAACCAGUCAGGAAGCUCCGACCCAACAACUACCGGCUGAUGGAGUGAGGGAUGCUCAACAAACAACUCAGUCUGGCAGCAUACAGCCUUCCCAGCAGGAACCAACGCAACAACCACCGUCUCAACUACAGCCAAGACCGGAAAGAAAAUUGGAUGUUGAGCCUCCCCACGCUUCAGAUAAUGUCAUGAGAGCCCUGGAAGCAGAUGCCAAGGAGCGCGCAACGAAGCGUAAAGCAGAGGCGACGGUUCUGAAAGAUCAAGGGAACCAAGCGUUCAACAAGGGUGAUUACACACGAGCCGUUAAACUCUACACGCAGGGCCUGGAACAUCUAAAAGACUUUGUGGUGCUGUACACCAACAGGGCACAGGCUUACAACAAAUUGGAAAAGUUUACAGAGGCACUGGAGGACUGCCGGACUGCCUUGCAGUUGGAACCAAACAACGUCAAGGCAUUGCUGCACCUUGGCAAGGCCCAGCAGGGACUGAAGGAUUAUGAGGCGGCUGUUAGGACUUACAAAGAAAUCCUCAAGAUUGACGAGAAGUACGAGAAAAUGGUCGCAGGCUACAUUGCAGCGGUGAAUCUAGCCGAGCCCACAGCCAAGUCGGAUAUGGAGGCUAAGAGGCUGUUUAGUGAGGGUGACGUCAAAGCAACGGGCGUUCAUGAGAUCAGACUCAGUGAGGUAACAGACAGUCAGGAAGCUCUGACCCAACAACUACCAGAUGAUCAACAAACGACUCAGUCUGGCAGUGGACAGCCUUCCCAGCAGGAACCAACGCAACAACCUCCACCGCAACUACAGCCAAGACCAAAUAACCCACAAAUAAGUGGAGCCAGCAUAGGAAGCAUUGGUACAAUCAGGGGUAGCCAGAUCCCUGUCAUUGUUGGUUCAAGUGCAGUUCAUAUCACUUACAACAAGCCGUCGGAGGAACGCGAAAAUGCCGCUUUUCCGUUUAAGUCUGACGCAGAGACGUUGGCUACCAAACUUGGCAGAGGCAGACCAACUGAGGUAAACUGCCAGAGUAACGACCUGAAAACACUGAGCGACUACUUACAGAAUGUCACUCCGCCACUUGAAGGUACAUAUUUUAACAUGAAUGUAGAAAAGCAGGAGCUUACCCUUCUCAGGGGAAUUCUCCUGAGUGACAGCAUGAAGUCAGCUAGGCUGAUACAUGUUAACUACCACUUGUCUGAGCGGGAGGAGGAGGAGCUUAGCCUCCUUGAGGAAACACUUUGUUUGAUAGAUGAACCGCGCUGUGGUCUAGCAUUCUUUACGCUUUUCAUUAAUGAAAACUCAUGGUUUGACACGGGGCGUAUAUCGCACAGCAUUUUCCGCAUUCAUGAACAAAUAGACUGGCUUGGUUUGGCUAUGUACAGACGAUCACUGGAUGAGGUUGUUGAUCUGUUGAAGGCACUGGAAGGAUGCAGGUUGAGUAGCCUCGCAUUGUGUGACAUCAACCUGCAUUCACGGGUGCGACAUGUUAGCCACAUCCCGUCAUACCUUCCAAUGUUGGAGCUCAUUGCAUGCAGGUUGGUAGAUGAUGACAUGAAGGACCUGAUCAGCAUCCUUCCGGAUGGGCAUUAUUUUUUUUCGCUUGCCCUUGAUUACAAUUCAUUCAGUUUGGAUGCAGUGAGGGCUCUCACCCAUCAUCUCCAAGGUCUCCCUGAGUUGGGUGUGUUGAGCCUGUGUUACAUCGACUGCGAUCCUAGGCUCGUCAAACAAGUUGUCGGGCGAAACCUCCCUUAUCUGAAGGAAAAAAGAGAUGGAUAUUUCAAAGCCUAUUAAUCUCCCACCAAGUCAUAACUCUCACCCUGUUCCCUAUGAAUGCACCACACUCACAAGCCGCAUUCAUCGAAUCAAGUAGCAUGCAUCAUGGGUCAUGUUAUGUGAAGUCAAUGCUCUGUGAACCCCCCCCCCCCCCACA